UUUUCAGUGUUUUGCCAUACGAAUAAAUCAGACUUCAGCGAUUAGAUACAAUUCAACUACUGAUUAGAAAAAAAUGAACAGUUUCUGAGGUCACAAACAACAACCUUGCCAUCAUCAAAUCAAGUUAUAGCAGAGCAACCAGCAUGGAAGCGAAUGGCGAAACAAUGCCCCUGGUCUACAAACGCAAUGAGUUAGCUAUCCGUAGUCCGGACCGACCAGCAUACGGACUACUACCAAACCCGAUUGAUGUUUGUUCGUUCUCACGCCAGACAGCGGUUGAUACGGGAGAGCGUUGCGGCCGCGAUUCGGUCACAAUCGCUGAUAGCCGCCUGAUUCUCCGGUAGGGAAAUUCCAAUAUUACGACAUUGAAAACAUCACACGCACACUACGACUAGCAGCCGAUCCGCAGUCAUGGAAGAGCCGUGAUCGACCCAACACGGAACGGGAACUGAUUGUUGAUAGAACUAAUAUAUGUACCACCUUAAUCAAACAACAGUUGAGUGCCGAUCGUGAGUUGGUUAAGUUGGAAUUCGUACGAUAUUCUGUGGACGAGUGUUGAUUGUUGUGGUGUAUCGAUCAUUCGAUCUGCUAUCUCACUGCUGGUGAUUGGUUCGUGAAUAAUCUCAGUGUACCAAGAGGAAGUAAUCCGCAUGUUCUGACCAACACCUGGAACCGUCCUCGCCGGCAAAAUGGAUAAUUUGUUCGCUUAGUACGUCACGGUUUCAACCCGGUGUCACUCAUUUUAGCACCGUUCGCCGACUCUUCAGAACAUAAACAAACGUUGAAUACAUCUGAAGUUGACAGAUGCGACAAAAUCCGAUGGUAGAAAAUAUGAAGUCCGUCUGCAGUUCGAGGUCGAGUUUGGUGUAUGCCGGUAUGACUUUGCUUUUGCUAUCGACCACGUCGGCAUCGUCGGCAAACAUUUCACAGCAAAAAACCAACCAACUGCAAAAUCAACCGGAUCCAGUGCCGCUCAGCAACGAUUUCGACUGGAAGCUGGUGAAAGAAGUAUUCCAGCACGAACAGACAAACACAAUCUUCUCUCCCUUUUCGAUCAAAUUGCUGCUCACGCUGCUGCACGAAGCAUCUGGGAAGAAUAGCACUACAGAACGAGAGCUGUCGAAAGCACUUUCCGGCUCGGACCUGAACAGAACCCGCCAGCUGUAUCGGGAAUUCCUGGAAAGCUCCACGAAAGAAAAUAAGGAUUACGAGUUCAACAUCGGGACUCGAAUAUUUAUGGAUCAAAGCAUAGCGAAUGUCACCGAUGCCUACACGGAGCUGGUUGAAUCGUGUUACAAAACGACCAUAGAACCGGUUACGUUCCGGAAUUCCACGGCGACGGCCACGAAAAUUAACGAUUGGUGUGCAAAAAUAACUCUCGGCCAUCUGAACGAUCUGGUGACGGAAGAUCACAUACAAGAUGCCUCCAUGGUAAUCGCUAAUGCCCUUUUCCUGAAGGCUUCCUGGAAAAAUUCGUUCACAGAGGAGUACACCCAGAAGCGACCAUUCCACGUUGCCGACAGUCGGACCGAAGACGUUGAAUUUAUGGAGCAAACUAACAUUUACGAGUACCUGGACGACCAGGACCUUCAGCUUGAGAUACUGAAACUACCGUACAAAGGGCGUCACUUUUCGCUUUAUCUAGUCCUACCGUACGUGAACAAUACUCUGGAAAAAGCUAUUGCUUUGCUAAGUACUGAUAGCAUGUUUAAACUACAGGACAAAUUAGGACGCGAGGAAAUUGUAGUCAUUAUUCCAAAGUUUAAAUUCGACUUCGGUAUAGCGAUGAAUGAUUACUUGAAAACCCUCGGAAUCUCCGAGAUAUUCACUCGAAAAGCCAACCUACCGCAACUUUCCGGUGGAAAGAUUUCCAACCUGGAAGUGUCGAAGAUACUGCAGAAAGCAGGCAUCGAAGUAAAUGAGCGGGGAACGCUUGCAUUUGCGGCGACAGAAAUUCAACUAGUAAAUAAAUUCGGCAUCGACGAUAGUCCCAUCCAGUUUGAAGCCAACCGGCCGUUUAUGUUCUACAUCAAGGACGAAGACUCGGAUGCGAUACUGUUCGUGGGAAAGGUGCUAAAUCCGGUUGCAACGAAGGAAUUCAAGUACAACUCUCAAACAGUGCCACUCGAUCGCUCUCACACGACGACUGCGUUGGUCAGUAGAAUACGAAGCCCGGCCUCCGUCACAUCUGUACGAUCCGCAUUCAUCAGUGAAUUUUGUUUGACAUACUCGUGGAUCUCGCUUCGAACGGUCAUGAUCAUCACAAACAAAUUUUUGUGGAUGGUGUUGCUGAUAAGCAUUGUCUGCUCAAGCAAUGGGGGAAUAUCUUUGGCAAAACGUCGCUCGGGAAUCAUUAGAAGUCGCUACAUAGACGAGGAACCGGAGCCGACGCGUAAUGACGAGUUUGACUGGCAACUGAUAAAGAAAACGUUCAACAAAGAACCAACGAAUGCUGCACUGUCAACUUUUCUGGUGAAAUACUUGCUUAACAUUUUGUACGAGGGCACGGGAACCAAUUCGCAAACCCAACGCGAACUGAGUAAUCCACUGGGACGAACACCCGGGAACUUUGACGUUCCAAACUGCGUUGAAAUAAUGAACACCCUUCGGAAUAACAGUAAACGACUGCACGUAGCCAGCAGAGUGUUUGCUGAUCAGCUGAUUAGUGUUACUCAGAAAUACGCCAGUACGGUUGCACUGUACUACGAUGCGAGUGUUGUACAAGUGGAUUUCCAGCAGCCCCAGCAAGCGGCCGAGGUCAUCAAUGGUUGGGUUUCGAAUGGGACGCAGGGUCAGAUACAGGAGGUAAUCAAUGCACGGGACAUACAAGGUUCGGUGCUGGUGCUGGCCAGUACCAUCUACUUCAAAGGGCUUUGGCGGAACGUUUUUCCGGAGUCUGCUACAGUGGAUUAUCCUUUCAAAACAAGCGACGGCCGAACGAUCAACGUUCCGUCGAUGAAACAAAUUCAAAAUUUGUACUAUUCGGAGUCCACUCAGUUGAAAGCAAAACUGUUACGACUGCCAUACGAAGAAGGACGCUACACAAUGAUCCUACUGCUGCCGGAUGAAGACAGCAAUCUUAAUCAACUAAUAAACGCAUUGUCUGGUGAUGCCAUCCAUCAGGCGAUCCGUGACAUGGAAGACAUUGAAGUAAAGGUGCAGCUUCCACGAUUUAAGAUAGAUUUCUCUAAUUCAAUGAAAGAAGCACUGCAACAGCUGGGAAUCAAUCGUAUUUUUGAGGACAACGCCGAGCUCAGCGGAAUCGCUCGUGGGUCAAGUCUUCCGCUGAAGGCUUCCGAUAUAUUUCAAAAGACGGUGAUAGUCGUGGAUGAAAAAGGAAGCACGGCCAGUUCGGCAGCCGGGUCAUCACUGGUCUACACCAUUGCGAGCGAUCCGGAGAAAUUUGUGGUGGAUAGACCAUUCCUGUUUUUCAUCGAAGAGGAAUCAACCGGGACGCUACUGUUCGCCGGAAAAGUUGAAGAUCCAUUGCAGUAGACACUGGCUGCCUGCUUCUGAUGCUAUAUUGAUUCGUAAUUUUGUAUUUUUGAAGCGAUUCGUGCAGGCCAGAACGAUUAUUCUUUUUCGCGAAAUAAUACUGUUUUGUUCUAAUAUAAAUUACGUAGCAUUGAGUCUAAAAUGUAAUUAUUAAACGAA